AUGGAAAAAACAAGACCAGGGGGAAAAAGAAAGCCUCUGCUUUCAAAACUUGAACAUGUAGUUUCAUUGGCAGAAUCAGAGAAUGGCAGUAACAAGUUGCCCUAUAGAAGACCACCAUUAUUCAAUGCCGAAGUAGGGCACAGACAACAAUCAACUAAUGACGACGUAAAAUUAGAUCACAAGAAGUCACCAUUAAACCUUCAAACUAAAACUUCACGAGAUUUUGAAACGGCAUCCGAUACUAGUUCAGGUUCUGCUGCAACGGAUGAAACCAUGGGGUCUGCGAAUAUGGGGUUUCAAUCGUUUAUCAGUAACAUCAACUACAUAUCGGAUCAUUUAAACUAUUUACAUAUACCGACGGAUCAACCAUCUUCCGAUGAAUCUAGUCGUUUCAUCGAAGAACAUCUCCGGGCGGUUCCGACAUUCAUUGAAGGAUAUACACUUAAGUUGCAGUUUCAUAAGGCCAUAUAUACUGAUCUUUUCUAUUUUGGAAUUGAUAAUUCUACUGGUGAGAAUGUUGUACUUCGUAUAUCUGCACCUUUAACCACCCCUACAGCCGUUGUAGGGUUUUUCAAUGAAUGGUAUAUUCUUUCAGGGUUGAACCCAAGUUCCAAGCAUAGAGUAUGGACAAAUGAAACAUGCUCAAACCCAUUCCUUGAAAGUGGAAGUCAUCUAAAGUAUGACCCAGAAAGACCAGAUGUCUUAAAACCAGUGUCAUUACCAUUGGGAAUACCAGGAAUAUUAUAUCCGAAAAUAGUUCCAGUCCCACCAAUCUCCCCAAUUGGAGUAGAAGGAUGCGAAAGAAUGGCUCUCGUAUUUGAAAACAGUAGUUAUUUCACUCUUGAUCACUUCUAUAUUGGUCAAAGAGUAAAUAUAUUACAAAUCCCAGAAAUAUAUAGAGUGCCCCCUUUGGAUGAUUUCAACGAGACCAAAGUGGCAGCUACCACGGCCAAACUAAACACCUCAGGAGCAAGGCUGUUCUUCGAUGAGAUGGAAUUGAAAGUACGACAAUAUCCAAGAUCAAUUAUAUCAGUCAUUUCUAUCAUAGGUGAUAUCAUUUUGGUUCUAAAAUCUUUGAAGAUCGUUCAUGAAUUAGGAAUUGUUCAUAAUGGUAUUACAACCACAAAUAUUUUGAAAUCUAAGAGUUGGACAAGUCUACCAGUAGGUAAACAAGUUGUGCUAACUGCUUGGGACUUUUGUUUUAGCAUCCAACCUGAAGAUUGCUCGUUUGGAUAUCGUAAAAGACAUUUAAAGAAAGUGCCAGAGCUUUUACCAUAUUUGUCCCCAGAAUCAACAGGGGAAGCUAAUAUGUCAGUUGAUUAUAGAUCUGACUUCUAUUCAAUUGGGAUUGUGUUGUAUGAAUUAAUAGUUGGAUGUGUACCUCUUCAGAGUGAUCAUCCAAUUAACUUAAUCAGAAUGCAUAUCCUACAGAAACCAAUAGCCCCACAAUUGAUUGCUCCUGCUUGGAUUACUGAGACUUUGAGUGACAUUAUUAUGAAAUUAUUGGAAAAGAAACCCUCCGACCGUUAUUUGGAUUGCACAAGCAUAAUAAAUGAUUUAAUUGCAGUGAAAAACACAUACAUCGAUCAUGUGGCCAAAUACGAGAAUGCAUAUCUGUAUUGGAACCUGCGUCCCGACUACCGAGAAAUCCUUAAAAAGGAAUCAGAAAUCAAAUCUACUCAUAUUGGGUCUCCUUCUUCAUUCUUAUUACCUAAAUCACUCUACGGAAGAAAACAAGAAUAUUCUCAGAUAUUUGAAUUAUAUGAAUCAUUUUCCAAGGGGAUAAACAUGAUAGUAAUGUCCGGUGAAUCAGGAGUUGGCAAGACAACAAUUAUGAAUGAUAUGAAGUUAUCACCACUUUCGAAGUCCGAAUUUUAUUUUACUUGGAAAUUUGAUAAAUUUGAUUCAAAUAUAUCUGUUUAUAGCUGUUUACUACGAGGUAUUCGACUGAUCUUUGGACAAAUUCUAUCUGGGUCUCCCGAAAAUAUUUCAAAAUGGAGAAAUUUGAUAAUGUCAAAAAUUACAGUUGAUUUAUCAUUAUUGUUUUAUCGAAUACCAGAAUUGAAGCAAUUAUUGGGAUCUAAAUAUACAAAUAUUUACGAGUCACAAACGUCAAACCAUGACAGACAUCACCAAAACCAAUACCAACGUAACCAGCAAUACGAACAAUCCGAGGAAAAUCAGGAACGACAACAACAACAAUCACAAGAUCCUGAAUCGGGAGAUUCAAACCUACCUCUAAUUGGUAUGGGGGAACAAACCCUUAAUUUGGAAAUGCAGUUCAGAUAUAUUAUUAAAGUUCUUUAUGGACUUUUUGGAUUUGAUGGCUUGACUAUCUUUUUAGAGGACAUCCAGUGGUGCUCUCAGAGUGAGUGGGCCAUGAUUUCUGAAUCUUUAGAAUUCUUCCAUGCAAAUGACAUACAGGAUGAUGUCUCUGUGAAGAUUAUUGGAAGUUUUGGUACAUCUAAAUACGAUAGUGAAAACGAUAUGACCAAGGACAUCUUGACAGAUUAUUUGGAUGGCGCCCAUAUUUCGUUUCAUUGGAUCGAAUUGGAUACUAUUUCUCAAGAGGCAUUCAAAGAAUAUUUCAGAGACACAUUUAUGAUCAGGUCUUUGAAUUCUUCUUAUUCGUCUGGAUCUUACAUGGAUGUACUGUCCACUGUUUCUCCAUAUUCGAAACGACCUUUAAGAUCGAAUACAAUCGGUAGAGUUUUUGAUUCGAAAAUUGAUACCAUUGCUGAUAUCCUCUUCGAAGCAACUGAUGGAAGUAUUUUACAUACAAUGUACUUCAUACGUACUGCCUAUAUGAAGGGGCUUAUUCGAUUCAUGGAUAUUGGCCUUAAAAGGGAAAAGAAAUGGGAUUUAACUUUCCAUAGUGAUAUGGUUCAGAGUAAUUCAAAAAUUGUUCAGAAUUACCUUGACGUCGCUUUAACCGCAGAUGCCAAGUCUUUAAUGAAGCUAGCAGCUAUCUCUUCAAAGGGGUUCCAUUUUUACUUAUCAGAUCUUAUGAUAGUAUCAAAUUUACCAUUAGAACGGGUUGUAUCUUUGCUUAAUUUAUGUCUAGAAAGUCAGUUAAUCGUUCCAGGGAAUGUUACUUAUAAAUUCCCUUUUCAUGCCAUGACUUCGGGUGAUUUUGAUUGUAAUAUUUCAGAUUCAAGUUUAUGGGAGAUCGCAUGUCAAACACGUUAUAGAUUCUGCCACGACUCUAUCGUUAAUGCAUUACACGAAGAAAUGGAAUUGAAAAAUGAACUCACGGCUUAUCAUAAAUUGUGUGGUAUGAGAAGUUACAAAAGAAAUACAAAGGAAAAUAAUCUAAGUAUAUCUCAAUAUUUGAAAAUGGCUUAUCAUUUCACCAAAUCUUGGCAAGUUGCAAAUAGUGAAGAGAGUCGAGCAUUUUUCGAAGUGUUAAUAAAGGCUGGUAAAUAUGCUUCUUCCACAUAUAAAAUGGAGACUUCGUUGAUGUAUUUUGAAGUUGCAAACAACCUAGUUGAUAAGAACGACUUGAAAAAGAAAUUAAAAAUCACUUUGACUUUAUGUCAAAUUCAUUUCUAUUUGAAGAAUUAUGACCAAUGUCUUCAAAUCAUUGCUAAAGCCGAAGUACUAGAAAAGCCAACAACCUUCCUUAUGUGGAAAGUUCGUUGCUAUUUUAAAUUGGGAAAAUUUGACGAAGGAUUGGAAGCCUCUAUUCAAGGUCUCCAGAAAUUAGAUGUCAUUGAAGUAUACACGGAAGACUCAAAAUGCGAGGAGUUGGCAAAGAGGGUGGACGCUAAGGUUCCAUUAUCAGUUCUUGAAAUUAGGAAUUUAAACAAUCAAAAGCAGACUACAAACUCAAAGGUCAAAUUGAUUUAUGAAUUGGUCGGUGAUAUGAUAAUGCCAACUUACGCGACAGGUAGAGAUACUUUACGAAGAGCGUUGGUGUCACAGUGUGUCUUAUUAAUGCAUGAGUACGGUGUUAGUUCUUAUUGCUCUAUUACAUUACUUGAGUAUGCGAAUACUUUUGUACGUAUGAGUGAUGAGUCGAGCUUUUUAAAGGCAAUAGAAUUCAGUAAGAUAGCUUUAAAUUUAGUUGAUUCGGAUACAAAACUAUCCUUCACAAAUGUUCAGGCAGUUUACGAGAUAUAUAUCACCAGCUUAGCAGCUCUUAUGGAACCAAUAUCUGACGUGUUGAGAUAUUUUGAUGUGUUACUAUCUACUCCGAAGCCAUUUACAAGUACCACCUCAACUUCAUUUUCAGUUGUGAAAAUUGCGUCAAAGCUACAUUUAUUGUAUUUGACGGGUCAUACCGCAAAUGAAAUCAUCGAACUUGGAUCCAACAACAGAUUACAUCGUCCAAAUCAAAUGGCUGAUGUGAAUGAUGUACAACUCGAUGGGUUCCGACUCUUGAAUUUGGAGAUAACAUUGGAGGAAUUUGAAGAUAAAUUUUCUCUUGAAGGAUCAACUAGAGAUUUUCAGUAUUGUUAUCAUGUUUGUAAACUCUUUUGGUUCACAGCGCAUGGUAACUUUGAAGCAGCUGGUGACAUUAUUGCAAAUAAGGUUGGAAAUAUGUUAGAUUAUAUGCCAUUCAUGUUGGUGCAUAUUGCAUAUUAUUUCUGUUCAUACAUUGCAUUGUGUACGAAACCAGCUAGUGUACCUGAAAGCUUUAGGGUCGCAAUGGCUACUAAAAUUGAAAGCUACUUUACUAUCUGGAGUAGGCAUUGUCCGUCAACUUUCCGCGCAAAGCUUCUUAUGAUUCAGGCAAUGAAGUUAUCAACCGAAAAUCCAGGAUCUGUAUUAGAAAUCCUAGACCUUUAUGAAGAGGCUGUUCAAUGGGCAAAAAAAUAUGACAUGUGGUACGAUAUGGGCUGGGCCAAUACAUUGUGUGCUAUGUGGUUAGUACGUGUUUCCGAGAAUAAGAAAAGAGCAAUUACGUUCUUUCAAAAUGCAAUUGGGUGUUUGAAGAAGGUAGAUGCAAAAUUAUACAUUUUGAAACUUGAAACAGUACUUAGUAAGUUCAGUUCUGCUUAUCAUUGGGCGGGGGUUGUAGAUUUUUCUUCUGCUCGAAAUAACGUUAGCUCCUUGAAAAAGCCGUUGAGUAACAUGUCAAAUGUCUUUGUACCCUUGAAGUCUGAACAACAGUCUCAAAAAAGAAGAGAGCAUUUUUCACCAAGCAGUACAUCAGCACUGUUAGAUACUACGAAGUCGAAAGAAGCAACAUCUUUGAAACCACCAGCUAACAUUGGUGGUGCGUCUGAAUUAAAUAGGGCUGUUAAUGCUUGUUUAUCAAUAUCGGAAAGUUCUGUUGAAUCUGAUAUUGUGUUCAAAUUGUUGGAAAGCACUAUUUUAUUUUCGACUGCGGACUAUGGUGUCGUUACAAUUGUCAGAGAAGAAGAACCUCAUAUUCUAGCAAUUGGUUCACCAACAAGUAUAUUUCCUCUUGCUAACGAACCAUUAAGUUCUAGAACUGAUCUCUGUCCGGUAACCUUAAUCAAGCAAGUCCUUCAUUCUGGGGAAAUCACAAUUAAAACCAAAGAAGAUAUUCAACUAGAAAUUGGUCGCGAGAAAGAUGAAUAUUAUCUGAAUAAUUCAAGUUUGUCGGUAAUAUGUAUCCCUAUGAUGAAUGAAGAUGGGGUUUUUGGUGUGCUAUAUUUAGAGAAACAAGUGUCAAUGUCUGAUGAGCAAAAUUCCCCAACAUUUUUAAGAGGAACUAGACGAGACUUAUUGGACUUAUUAUGUUCUCAGGCUGCUGUUUCAUUGGAAAAGUCUAGGUUGUACGCACAAAUGGAAUACGCCAAGAAGGCUGCGGAAGAUGCUACUGCUGAAAAGGCUAGUUUCUUGGCCAAUAUGUCCCAUGAAAUUCGUACGCCUUUCAAUUCACUUUUAUCCUGUUCGAUAUUCCUUUUGGAUACAGAACUAACCUUAUCUCAAAAGGAAUAUGUCGAAACUAUUAAAAGUUCAGCUAUGGUGACUUUGAAUAUCAUUGAUGGUAUCCUUGCAUUUUCAAAGAUCGAACACGGCUCAUUUACUUUAGAAAGUGCACCAUUCUCCUUGAACGAAUGUAUUGAGAGUGCAUUACAGAUUGUUGGUGAACAAGCUGCUACUAAUGACUUGGAAUUGGUAUUUUUCAACAAAUGCCCGUUUAUUGAAAAAGUUAUUGGUGAUGUAACAAGGUUCCGACAAAUUAUUAUCAAUUUGGUAGGUAACUCAGUUAAAUUCACUCCUCAAGGGUAUAUCCUUGUGGAAACCACUGCAGUGGAAAUCACGAAGGGUAGGUAUGAGAUCAUAGUUACAGUGAAAGACACUGGAAUUGGUAUCCCAAAGGAAUCUCACAACAAGGUAUUUGGAGCCUUUUCUCAAGUAGAUGGUUCAUCUAGAAGAGUUUAUGGUGGCUCGGGUCUAGGACUCGCUAUUUCCAAGAAAUUGACUGAUAUAAUGGGUGGCUCAUUAACAUUUGAAAGUGAAGAAGGAGUUGGAAGUACUUUCCAGUUAAAUGUUAGUGCACAAGUAGUUGUUUCACAAACUCCUGAAAUUACCAUCACUAAUGAAGAUGCAAAACUAGUUGGGUGUAAGAAUUCCGUACUAGUUAUUGAUAACAACCGAUUAGGAAGUUUAGCCCUCAAGGAGUCAUUAAUGUAUUAUGGAUUGGAUGUAACAAUUGUGCAAAAUUCUGAUAUACUAAAAGAGACUCAUAGUUUCGAUGACGCCUUGAUGAUUUUUAUUCACAGUGAUCAAUUUUAUGCAUUUAAGAAUGCUACUGACUUGUCAAAACUUCGAAGUAAAUUGGUACUUGUUGCUCAAUUUGGAGCAACUUUGCCUAGUGAAUUAAAUUCAAAUUUUAUUAGUUCCAUGCUUUUGAGUCCAUUCCAAAGACAUAAAAUAGUCAAGUUAUUGAUCGAGGUUAAACAAAAAUUGAAGUCAAAUUCGGGGAAAACUAAGACGAACUUCAACGGGUCGUCGGAUACAAGCUCCAAUGACAAAAAAGAUUCAAUUCCAUCGAAAACUUUAGCAGAACAAUAUCCAUUGCGGAUUCUUCUUGCUGAAGACAAUAUAAUCAACAUCAAGGUUGCACUACAACAUCUUAAAAAGCUUGGAUAUAAAGCUGACCAUGCGAAAGAUGGUGUAGAAGUUAUAGAAAUGUGCAAUCUGAUGUGUGAUAAGAAAUUAAAGUAUGAUGUUAUUUUGCUCGAUAUACAAAUGCCUAAGAAGGAUGGUUUCGCAGCAGCUAUAGAGUUGCGAGAACAAUUCCAGAAUGAAGGUAAAGAAGAAUAUCUUCCAGCACUUGUGGCAUUGACUGCCAACGUUGCUGGAGAGAAUAGACAAAAGUCGAUCAAAUGUGGUAUGAUUGACUUUAUUUCAAAGCCAAUAUUACCAAGUGAGCUUAGAAGAGUUUUAACACGGAUAGGGCUGGGAGAAGUGUAA